UUUCCAAGAAUUCCCUUAUCAUUGCUUCCUUUCUGUUAUCGAGGUACAUGUGCACGCGGGACAUGAACAACCUAAGACAAGAGCUAAAGCAAUCCAAAAAUAAUUUUAACAGAAAAUGAAACAAACAGGAAAGCCAUAAAAACAUUGGAUAAUCGACCAAGCAAUGUCGAUCAACCAAUCAAAGAUGCAAAAUGAAGAAGAUUACUUGCAAGGACCAAUCUUCUCACCUCCAGUAUACCAACAAAGGUACAACUCCGUUAUAAAGCUAAUCAACACUUCAAAUUGUAAAAAGGUGUUAGACAUUGGGUGUUCUGAAGGAAAACUCUUGACAAAGAUGAAAAUCCACUGUCAGAUGUUGGAGGUGAUAUAUGGUCUUGAUAUUGAUAAGGAUGUUCUUGAGGAAAACAAGUUUAGAAUCAAGCCACUGAUGGCAGAGUACCUCAUCAAAAGAGGACAACCAUUGAAAAUGGCACUUUAUCAAGGUGGCAGUUUAUGCAAUGCAGUCUUGUUAGCACAAAACAUGUAGUAUCCUGUACAGAUGAAAAGCUGUAAGUUGUUGUAUACUUUGAGCUAAUCCUUGAACCAAUUACGUCUCAGAAACUUUUUCACCUAAUUCACCUAAUUUUGUUCCUCGAUAAUUGUAAAUUAGUGUUUUUUUCAAACGUUUAUGGUGAGGCAGUUUUUAGUUGCAAUUUGCAUAACA